UAACGAUGAGUUUUAACACGGAAGAGAAAAAGACAACAUAUUCUCCAAUUAAAAGAAGAAAGCUCCAGUUUAGGAAGAAAAUUAAGAAUCUUAAUUUGACUUUUGUGGAUAGUCCCCACUCGUUUAAGAUUCCAAAGAGUUCAUUUGAGGCCAAUCUGCCUUUGGAAGAAAGAGUAUCUGAGGUUAGUAAAGGAAGAGAACUUUCUAUGAGUCAGUAUCGUUCAAGAGCUGUACUUUCACCAGUCAGGAUGCCAAGAAAUUUUAAAUUACAGAGCAGAAAGUCCGUAAUGAGACUUACAUGAAUCUCUCCUAUUGCAUCACCUACAGGAGAUAAAGAAAUUUCAAGUUUUGGUGCUCAAAUAGAGAAUAUGAGAAAUCUAUCACCCAAGAAGGAAUCCAGGGUUAACAGUUUUAAGUGCCAGAAAUUUUUCCAAAAAAUGCCUUCUGAAAUAUCGAAUCCUCGAAAGCAACACCAGAAGGGUUCAAGCUCAGGGGAUUUUAAACUCCCUUUGUUUAACAGAAGUGAAGGUAAGUCUUACUUUCGCUCGAAAAUGGAUGAAUUUAAUAUUUUUCAUCGCAAGUCCUAUUCCAUUAGGUUUAAAAAUGAUAUAUAGACCUCAGGAAUAAUAAAUGGCAAGUAUAUGAUAUCAGGAAUUGGCUUUUGUACAAAAAGGGGUUAACAACCCUCUCUAGAGAAUUCUACAUUACUAAUAAGCACUCGUAUUAUUUACAGUUGUAGAGUCACUUAAUCAGCAACUUCUUUUGAAU